CUGUUUAACGGUACUUCCAAACACUGGCCAUUAUGUUCAGGUGUUCAAUAGGAAGGUGUUCUGGUUUUGUAAGUGGACUCGGAAAUGGGACCCGGCAGGCACUGCGAAGCAAUGGCCGUAGUCUCAGCUAUGUCCUGGGCAUCGAGACCUCCUGCGACGAUACGGGAAUUGCCAUUGUGGACACCUCCGGCAACGUGAAAGCAAAUGUUCUGGACUCCCAACAAGAAUUUCACACACGCUAUGGCGGAAUCAUCCCACCUCGAGCGCAGGAUCUGCACCGCGCCCGCAUCCAUUCUGCCUACGAGCGCUGUCUGGAGGAGGCCAAUCUACAGCCGGAGCAACUGGCCGCCAUUGCGGUGACUACACGUCCUGGACUGCCUCUCAGUCUGCUGGUGGGCGUUCGUUUCGCCCGGCACUUGGCCCGCCGGCUGAAAAAGCCCCUACUGCCCGUCCACCACAUGGAAGCCCAUGCCCUGCAGGCGCGUAUGGAGCAUCCCGAUGCCAUACCGUUUCCGUUUCUAUGUCUUCUCGUAAGCGGAGGCCACUGCCAGCUGGCGAUGGUGCACGGACCCGGGCGAUUGACGCUGCUCGGACAGACAUUGGACGAUGCGCCCGGCGAGGCCUUUGACAAGAUAGCCCGGCGUUUGCGCCUGUAUAUCCUGCCCGAGUACCGACUGUGGAACGGUGGCAGGGCCAUCGAACAUGCUGCUCGCCUGGCCACAGAUCCCUCGGCCUACGAUUUCCCCCUGCCGCUGUCCCAGCAACGCAACUGCAACUUCAGCUUCGCCGGCAUUAAGAAUAACUCAUUUCGGGCUAUCCGGAAGAAGGAGCGAAUGGAGCGAACGCCUCCCGAUGGAAUCAUCAGCAACUACGCUGACUUCUGUGCCGGACUUCUGCGGGCAGUCAGUCGCCAUCUGAUGCACCGAACACAACGUGCGCUGGAGUACUGCUUGCAGCCACAAGUGAGGUUUUUCGGCGACGGUCAACCCACUCUUGUCGUAUCCGGCGGGGUGGCCAACAAUGAUACCAUCUUUGCGAAUAUUCAGCACCUGGCGGCGCAAUACGGGUGUCGCAGUUUCCGGCCCUCCAAGCGCUACUGCUCUGACAAUGGAGUGAUGAUUGCCUGGCACGGGGUAGAGCAGUUGCUUCAGGAUGGGGACUCCAGCCUACGCUUCGACUUCGACAAGGUUGAUAUCCAAGGCAGUGCUGGAUUCGCCGCAUCCUUUGAGGAGCAAGUCGCAGCGGCUGCCAUUAAAUGCAAAUGGAUACAGCCACUGGCAUAAUAUACAGCUUCCACAAAACUUAAUUACAGGUUUCUGAGAAAACUGAAUAAAUUAAGAUAAUUGAUAAAACUUUA